AUACCUUGCCUUCAACACACUAGCUGAGGGAGUUGGCCUCAUUAAGGAGCUGCUCACUUUGAAGGAAAACUUGGACCUGAUACUUGCUGACACUUUCGUCGACCCCGACUUGGCGGUGUCCUUCCGAAUCGCUGUGAAGGAAGCCUUUGAG